UCCGCCGAGCUUGGCUGUUCAGAAACAGGAACCAUAGUAGAAAGUCUGACGAUGAGGAGAAAGAAGAGGUUGGUUCGUGUUUCAUGCCGUCUGCUGCUCUAAGUUAUUGAUCUUCAUCGGUACCGAGCGGCUUAUACCCAGCGCUUCCUGGUUCGCGCAGCUGAGCAAGGCACACAAUCAUCUCACCAUGGAUCUGUUGAUGCGUGAACUCCAUAAGAAGCGGCAGAGUCUCCAGUCCGACUUCGGCGGAAAAAAGCUUCUUCGCCGCUCCGAGAUCGAGGAGAAGAAAAUCCAACGGAUCCGUGAGGAUGAGCAGCGCGAAGUCCAGGCCAAGGCCGUUCGCCAACAUUCCACUUCCUCCUCUCUCUCUGCUGCAUCCGCGCCUUCCUCGUCCUCCGACCAAAACCCUAGCGCCAAAUCAUCCCUCCCCCCCGCUCUCGCCUCAUUAGCCGCCGCCUCAUCCUCUAAGAAGCAACCGGACUCGCUCUCCGAGGAGCAGCGCAUCGACGACCUUGUCCUCCCCCGGCAGGAGGUUAUCCGCCAUCUGCGCAUACUGAAGCAGCCCAUCACCCUUUUUGGCGAGGACGAUGAUGCCCGUCUCGAGCGUCUUAAGAUGAUACUCAAGUCGGGAAUCCUCGAUAUCGAUAGCGACAUAACCGAGGGCCAGACUAACGAUUUUCUCCGAGACAUCUACGAGAUGCGCAAGCGACAGAAGGCUGGAUCAUUCCUUCGAGAAACUAAGCAUAAGAGGGACGAUUCUGAUGGUUUGGAUGGCGCCGGUGGAGAGGAUGGGGAUAAGAGUCUCGGAGGCGAUAGGGCCUCGUCCGGACCGGAUGCAGAUAAGGAUUUGAAGAGUAUGAAGACUAAUUUUGAGGAGCUUUGUGACGAGGACAAGAUUCUUGUGUUCUUCAAACGACUUCUCAAUGAGUGGAACCAGGAGCUUGACGAGAUGCCUGAAGCAGAGAAGAGAACGGCGAAGGGGAAGUCUAUGGUUGCUACCUUCAACCAGUGUGCUCGUUAUUUGAAUCCGCUGUUUAAGUUCUGCAGGAAGAAGAUUCUUCCAGAUGACAUUCGACAAGCUUUGAUGCUAAUGGUGCGAUGUUGCAUGGAUCGGGACUACCUGGCAGCAAUGGACCAUUACAUCAGGACGGCCAUUGGAAAUGCACCAUGGCCUAUUGGAGUGACUAUGGUUGGCAUCCACGAGCGAUCUGCUCGCGAGAAGAUCUACACCAACAGUGUGGCGCACAUCAUGAAUGACGAGACAACUCGGAAGUACCUCCAAUCCGUGAAGAGGCUUAUGACAUUUUGCCAGAGGAAGUAUCCCGCACUUCCAUCCAAAUCUGUGGAGUUCAAUAGCUUGGCAAAUGGAAGUGAUCUGCAUUCCUUAUUGGCUGAGGAAAGGACCAAGACUUCAACAACCGAAGAAAAGCUUCGGUUAAUGCCUGCACCAUAAAUACAACUAAUUUAUGCUUCUCAGGUUUCUUUCCUCUUGAGAAUCAAAUAUGCGUAGAUUGAUUCAGAUGCCGCUUCUUUUUUAUGUUUACUAUUACUUGCUUGUUAUUGUGUUUUUAAAGAAAUAGUCUGUCCUUUUACUGUAUUCUGUAUAGACUAGAGAGCUCUCUCGUUUCUUUUGUUGCUUGAAAUCUAUAUCAAACAAUACUCAGCAUGUUUAUUGAUAGUAAUGGUUGGCCCCAUGAAGAGCAUCACUAAAUUUUCUCUGAGCUCCGGUUGCUCAGCCAAGGUAUUGGGAAGAUAUGAAGGUGUACUUAUUUUGUAAAUAGCAUGGGCUCCCUUCUCACUUUUCACAAAAAGGUUGGGCUGAUUUUUUGAUGUACUGUUAUAAAAUAUGUUUAUCCUAUAUCAGAUGUGUAAUGUACCACAUAUAUAAUACCUGCAUCUUGCACUUCAACCUUAAAAUUUGUUUGCUGUUA